GGGCUGACUGUUGGCCUGGGAAUCUCGGGAUACUCAGGCACAGAGCGGGGAACGGUGGGCGGCUGCACGGGGCUGUCGAGCGUCUCACCAAGAGACCUCGGCGAUGUGAAGAUGCGAACUUGUGUAGGCAUUCUCGUCAGCUGGGCUCGACAAGGAUCAAGCGUAGAGAGGCGAGACGAAGGUGCUGAUGUUUAGGCCGCGCAGAGCUGUGCGGUAGAAGUAGUGGCAGUCCUGGAGGCAGUAGGGUGGCAUUCCACUUGAAACGCUGACUAGUGAGCGCAAUGCAAUGGGUGAGGGAAGCAAGGCAAGAAGACAGGAUGGAUCUUCAGGAGAAGGGAGGAAGCUACCGAUCCUCGGCCGGGAUAGACUCGGGGAUAUAAUAAGCAAAGCCGGCGGCAAGAUCGGGCACGAGGAACUUGGGAGAGGGUACGGGCAGGACGGGGUGGAACCAUCUCAACAUUCUCAUGGCUGCUCAGUGCUCACAUCCACAGGUCCCACGCUGACCGAGGAGGAAGAGCUGGGGGCAUCCAGGCCUGCCAUUCUGCCAUGUGCAUGUGGAACUACCGGGACAUGCGCUGGGCAGCGGAGCUUAGUGUGUUGGGGGUUGAACGAGGCCAGUGUGGUGACUGUGGUCCCCUUUAGGCGCGCAGAGGGCGGGGAGGAAAGGGACCAUUGGACACGGCAUCUCCACGGUGGAUUUGCGAAGACUCCUCCGCAAGCCCGAACGCUCAAUAUGGAUGCCGCCAGUGUGCUAAUCUGCCGAGCCACAUGUUGUCCGGGAUUAUGGGAUGCGAAGUUGCAACGUACAGUGAUAGGAACCGGGGCCAAGCGUUACCUGCGGCAAUUCCGUGUGCUUCCCUGAGGAACGGGUCCGUGAUUCUGCUCGUCGAGAAUCCCGUGGUGUACGAGUAGGGGGUUCAGAGGAGAGGUCGAAAGGUCGAACAAAACGUGUCGCCGUCUACAUAGACCAGUAUAAGUGUGCGGUUCCUUGUCCUGGAAGGUAUUGGAGUCCAGUGUACCGGGCUGGUCUCGUCUCAAUGCGUCACA